AUUCGCGUCUGAUAGAGCCGGAACGCCGGAUAGUAGUCCUGUAGACGGUAACGUUGUAAAUGCAAAAUCAUGAUGCAAAAUCAAUAAUAGUCGUAGGGGAUCUGAUAUUUGGAUUCUAAUCGUCGAAUCCGCCUGUUACGCGAAGCCAACAACGCCUAAAUAUAACUUAAAAAUACUGCCCAUGCGUUUACCCAAGCACUUAUUUUUUGAACUACUCGCAUCAUGCCAGGAUUCAUAAGGAAGCAAGAAUAAUUCUUUACCACAUUUGUAUGCUAUUCAAAGCAAGCCUACGGCCCAGCAGAUAUAUCGCACCCCACUUAUCGCAAAACCUCAAGAGCAAUCUACCACGCCUAUAAAAUCACUUUAACUGUUCGAGUGGAAGGUAUUUAGGAUCUCUGAAUCAACACAACGACCAGAUUCAUCCCAAGUCGUGAAAAUGGCUAUCGAUUCCCAGCAAGCCAACGGCUCCUCAGAGUGGUCCGACAGUGCCUUCACCCCAACGAUGCGCCUUAGCUCCGCUGGGCAGCCCGAAGUCAAGAAGGCCGUUGGCUUAGACGGACCCGUUACAUUUGCUCCUACGCCGGCGCCGUCCCAUAACAGUGGCCAACCGAACGGCGGAUUGUGGGCAUGGCUGCAAGUCGCCGCCGGGUUCUGCAUCUUCUUCAAUACAUGGGGGGUGCUCAACACCUUCGGCAUCUUCCAGACGUACUACGAGACGGGCGUGCUAUUCAACGAGUCGUCGUCUAACAUCUCAUGGAUCGGCUCCAUUCAGGCGUACUGCGUCAUGGUUGUCGGCCUGAUAUCGGGGCCGGUCUAUGAUAGGGGCUAUCUCCGCGCGCUGCUGCUAUCGGGGUCGUUUAUGAUCGUGUUUGGAUUUAUGAUGUUGAGCAUUUGCAGGAAUUUCUGGGAGGUGUUGCUUGCGCAGGGUUUCUGCAUUGGCAUUGGGGCGGGACUGAUCUUCGUGCCAUCGUUGGCGAUCCUGCCAACGUACUUUAGCACGAAGAUCGGGUUGGCCAUGGGCUUGGCGGCGUCGGGAUCUUCGUUAGGAGGAGUCAUCUACCCUAUUGUAUUCUACAAGUUGAUUGACCAAAUCGGCUUUGGCUGGUCCGUUAGGGUCAUUGGCUUCAUAACCCUGGGUACACUACUUCUCCCAAUCUGCUUCAUGAGGAUGCGAGUCAAACCGGCUAAGCCGAGGGCUAUCCUUGACUGGUCAGCCUUUACAGACUGGCCGUUAGUGUUCUUCACGCUGAGUACUAUGAUCGGAUUCAUCGGACUCUAUACGAUGUUGUUCUAUAUCUCAUACUUCGCCGCUGCAGCCAAUAUCACUACUGCCGAAAUGUCUUUCUACGUGGUCCCGAUUCUGAACGCUGCAUCGAUAUUUGGCCGAACAAUUCCAAACGCCAUUUCUGAUAAGACUGGCCCAUUGAACUUAUUCGGUCCUGCCGGCAUCGUCUGUGGUGUCUUAACUUUCUGCAUACUCUCCGUAAAAAAUCUGGGUGGUAUCGUUCCCAUCGCAAUUCUCUAUGGAUUCUUUUCCGGCGUCUUCAUUGCCCUCCCAGGAGUUUGCUUUGUGAAGUUGACAGCGGAUAAGUCUAAGAUUGGCACGCGCAUUGGAAUGGGCUUUGCAGCGUUUAGUUUCGGCGUCCUAGCAGGCGGACCAGGGGGUGGUAGUGUCAUUGGCAGCAAUGCUGUAGACCUUCACUGGCAACACUUAUGGAUCUACGGUGGUUGCACGAUGAUGGCUUCCGGUGUCUUGCUAUUUGCUCAGAGGUUCUGGUUGUCUAAGGGUAAGGUAUUUAUCAAGAUAUAACUAGAGUCCUUGUUCUCGCUCUUAUAAAGGCAGCUUAUAUAAUAGGUGUUAAGGGGAACGCCUUGAGGUUGUCGCGAUAGCCAAGCAAGUCGAGAAAAGCUAUGGCAUAACUCGGUCCAACGCGUCAACGCCUGUAUUUUUAUAGGGACUUCUAUUCUAUUCCUGACCCACGAGCGCACCACGAAUAAAAGUCACCUAAUCUUGGCCGCCAUUGCCUAACAUUGUCAGCUUGGUACGAAAGCAGUCCACUAACACUAAACUGGGUGAUUGCAAUGAGUGGAAAUGGAUGGACAACUAAUGAGAGAGUUCUAGAUUAGAUUCAGCAUUUCAAGAAAUAUACAAACGCUUGUACAAAGGGCAUAUAUCGCCUCUUAAUCCUCAGUGGCCAUCAGAGCCACCACUCGACUGAGUUUAAGCUUUACUGUAAAGAUAAUAAGAUCAUUAC